AUGACUUCAGUUGAUGCCAUGAAGGCAACUCUGAAGCGCCUUGAGAAGGAGCGUGUUACGCUACUCGGUCAAAUGGAAGACGUUUCGCAAGAUUCCUCAGAACACAGGCUUGUUCUUAAGAACUUAUCAAAACUACCUUCCGAUAGAAAGUGUUAUCGCAUUAUUGGAGGUGUCGCUGUUGAGAGAACAGUCGAGGAAGUUAUGCCAUCACUGGCCACUCACGCUGAUAUGCUUGACCAGCUUCGCGAGAAACUGAAGGGCCACUUGGACACUUUGAACAGUGAAAUUAACAAACUAGGCGAGUCUCUUCAGAAUACAGUCAAGGAACUACAAAAUUCAAAUUAAGCACUUAACU